AUGGGGGCUAGCUGGGAGGAUACGCCAGCUGCGUCUAGAAUAGAAUCAAACUUUCACGAGUGGAUCGAGUUACAGUACGCCGCUGCUGGUUCGACAGAAGCGGCAGCGCCAGCGCGGCAAACCAUCGAAGCCUUGGUUCGUAGCGCUAUCUCUUUAGAUGGGUUGCACGCUCGACAUCCGAGCAGCACUCGAUCUAAACUAUUUUAUGCUUGGAUAACGGAUCGCUUGGCACGUGCGCUUGCUGCUGCCUGGCAGCGCUCGUCCACGGAAAGCACUGCGGGGCUAGCAGUGUUGCCUACGACGUUUCGUGAAGCUCGUUCGCGAUUUCCAAGUAGCGAUGCUUUCAUUGAGACUUGCUUACUUGUCUCACAAGCUGUGCUUCGUUUGAGUUGCGCUCAACCCGAUCUCCCUGGAUCGGAGCUGUUGGCCGGAGAGCGGGGCGCGUCUUUGGCACUGCUAGCCCAGACCGUCCUUGACGAGCUCUUCAGCUUGAAGUUUGAACAGUGCGGAUGGCUUCGCUGGAGGCGUUUGCUUCAAAAAAAUCGCUGGUGGAUUCUUUUGUUCUUAUCCAAAAGUGAAGCUUCCGUUCUACAACAAUUUGGUGAAGCUGUAACGCGGGCACUCAAACGCACUCCUGGACAGUCAUGGGGCGCGCUGACGCUUCUGCUGCGCACACUGCUUCCGAGUCGUUCACGGACAUGCACCAAGAUGACGCAGACGGAUUGUCGUGCUCGUGCUGGACGCAUAGCUCCGGGCUCGAUUGCCGCGCUCCAGCAGCUGUUGGAAUACCAUGUGCUACCCGUGCUGCCGAGGGCAUUGUGUAGCGAGUCGCUGGCUGUGCAACGCGCCGCGGUGCGGGUUGUGCGGCUGAGCACCACAAUUGCUGCCCAUAGCGGCGCCGGUGCCGAGAGCAAACCGUUCACGUGGCAUGCCGUGCUGUUGGAGCAGCUCCAAUCCACGCACGGGGCUCGCGCACAGCCCGUGAUUUGUGCGCUGCGAGCGCUCACGCUCGCAAACUCCGCUGGUACAGAUGCCGGUUUGGCAGCGACGUGUGCCGCCGACGCGAUGAACGCACUGCUUGGUUGGCUCGCCGCUGAGACGGAUCCACCAACGCGCGUUGUUGCUGUUCGUUGCCUCGCAUCCUAUGUCGCUGUGGCAUCUUCGCGGGCCCUGAUCGAUGCUGCACAACGACGCAAGCUCGAGCAUGCCUACAGCGAUGCAUUCGGCAUGAGGCAACAGCUGGACAGUGCCCCUGAGUUUCCGACGGCUCCCUACAUUGCCGCCGAACUGCUCGCAUGGGCACGUAUGGAUCUCGAUCUUCGUCAUAGGCGCCUGCGUUCGACAAACGCCUCAGAGAGCCCAACCACAAGGCCAAAAGAGAGACGUACCGCCGCAACUGGAGCGGUUGCAGCUCCAUGCUCAGAAGAACACAAGGAACGAACAAGAAAACUUCAGAAGCAGCCUUUACUAGCCGUAUGUGCAUAUGCGAGCAGCAUCGAGUCCGAAGCGGAUCGCCUAACCGUGAUCGAGCCUACCGAGCUCGCUGAAAUGCUAACGCUGUUGCAGCAUGUGCAACGAACGCUAGCGCCGGAUGAUGGCAUGGCGAUCUUGACUGGCGGCAGCCGGAUCGGCGCAGCGGCACUCGCAACGUGUCCAGUGGAUGCGUGCGAUGCGUGCGAUGUUGCACGCACAUGCGUGAUCGCUGCACGCAUGUUGUAUCGGUGGUGCGUGCGUAGCGUCACGACGCCUGCGUUGCUGCAAGCGUUUGCGAACGUUUGGUUGGCGUUCUCAACACUAGACCUGCGCGUCUUUACGCCCAAAAACGUGACGGCGGAUACACAUGCUGCGCCUGUGGAAAACUCGAAGGAGAACUGGUUGCAUGUGCGGGAAGUUGCUAGACUCGCUCGGUUGGAGUUGAGAGCCACAGAUCGCGUCGACGUUGCUGAAGCGCUGUGGUCAGCAUUGCGUUCAAAGUUUGUUCCCAGCUUGCUGGAUCGUCUCGAACAGAUCUGCAUUGCUGUCCCGCGGUACGCAGAGUACACGAAUGCCGCGGGUGUCUCGUAUUGGCCCGUAUACUCGACACGCCGGGGCUGGCUACGGGGGUUUCGGAAGCGUUUCGCGGCACUGAUUGCUUCGAUGCCCCUUGAUGUACAGUCGCCAAACGCUAUAGCUAGUGCACUGAUGUUCAUGGUGCACCCUUUGGCGACGAGGCAAGCACGACGUCGCUACGAGGCUUUCACACAGUGGCACAUGCCAGAGGCGCCGCUCUCUACGCUGCUUCGGGAGAUGAGUAGCGUUGCCGACACGCUGGGCCGCGCUCCUCACACUGCUAUUGCCGAGUUCUCAAUUGAUGCCCUCGGUUUAUUGCGUGCAUCGAUACGAACCUGGGGCUGGCUCUUGAUUGAAAUCGGACUGAAGCACUUUCCCGAUUUGUAUAGUCUCUCAACGAAUGUGUUCGAGACGUUCGUGUUGCCAGCGCUGACGGAAAUCUGGCGCGAAUCAUGGACAGCUGACGACUUGCGGCUGGUGCACGACGCGAUGCCGUCACCGCCACAGCCGCCACAGGAACCUGUUCGCAAACCGCCACGAGAUCGCAAUCCUGCUGAUGGAAUUUCAAGCAAUCGCACGAAGCAGGAGCAACAAGCUGAGCGUGAUCGCUACCAGACCGCAAUGAUUCGCUAUGAAGAGCUAUUAAGCAUUUAUCGCGAGAAGGAGCGUCGACGCGAGCAUCUGUUGCAGCAGCAGCGCGCGUUGCAUGACGCUUUAGCAGGAAUCUGGGCCGGAUGGUGCGAAAUGCUGACAACGCUCCGUUUAUCAGAGUUCGGCUCUGAGCUCUGCGAUCUGUUCUUGCUUUCGAUGGAGGUACUGCAUCGCGUCACGAAGCACCUUGAUAGGAAUCGGGCUCGGGAGGUUUGGAUGGCGCUGCUCCGGUCGGUGCAGCGCUUGGUGCAUUCCAGUCCGAUGGCAGCCGAGGACAGUGCGCAGAACGCUCGGCAGCGAAUGCUGGCCGCAGUGCUCAGCGUACCGCUUCACGCGGACGCCGUGGUAGAACAUCACGCGCUCAGUGGUGGCAUCCCUGCGUUGCCUCGAUACCCGUUGGAUUUCAUCCGUGGAGCGCUCCCGAUUGUUCUCGCGUCGAUGCAGAGCACUUUGCGCACAACCGAAAACCAAGUCCUCACGCUCGCUCCCUGGUUGUUCCUGGCGGAGAGCAUCGCACUCGAGCCGCGAACUAGCCGCGCAGCGCUACCUGUCCUCCUGCCUCUCUACAAAUUGGUGACCGACGAGAUCGAUCACGGGCCGAUGAACGAUCUGUUGGUCUCGUGCGUAUGGCGAUCUUUCGGGCUCACUGUUCUGCUCUGCUUCCUGACCGGGCAAUGCGGCCUCGAAUCAGUGGAAACAGAGACCAGAGAGGAUCUCGAAAGCAUGCUCUGGAAGCAGAGUCGAUGCUGGCGUCGAGCGAUGCGCUCUGACAGGGCCUCUGCAGAAGAGCGGUGUGCGGCAUCACCGAGAACCGCGUUUGAACCGCUCCCGCCAGAGAUCGAGAGCCGGCUUCUCGCGGAACUCCGCGGCCUGCCGGGGCCUGCGGGAGCCUCACCUCCCAGUGAUGAUGAUGAUGAUGAUGAUCCGAUUGCGGCAGCGGAGACAUCCGCUAGCUUUUGCCGCUGGCGCGAUGUCCUGUGUCGGGCGCUGCCGUUUCCCUGGUCGAGUCAAGGGCUACUCAUUCAUCGCUCGAUUCUGGAGCUUUUGCCUGGAGUCCUCGGCACGAACGCCUCCGUUCGUUCCGUAUGCGUGUUCUUGGCAGAGCAAAUUCCCGCAGAGUGGCGACGGCACAGUCUCGCCUGGAGGCUCACGCUGACGCUCGCGAGUCACGAUCGCGUCCAGGAGGUAGCUUGGAAAGCGCAGCAGCUUCUCGAGCAACCUAUUCACGACGUCAGUAUGCUGGCGCCAUGGCUGGAGCAUCCUCACGCGUUCCUUCGACAGGCAGCCGCCGAUGGCAUCGCGGAUAGCGUGGUACGCGCUGCCGACCCGCUUGCACUAUUGCGUCAGUGGCUCCCUGUAUGGUUUGCGCGUUUUCCCAAGCCAGUAUCCAUCGACCCGAGAGCGUCACCUGGUGCUCCGCGGAAACGCCCCGAGCAGGUCAUGCACGCAUCAGAGCAGUUCUUUGGCGAAGGUUUGUCGCAGGUGCUUAUCGCUCUGGCUACGCGAGACGAACGUCCCGUCAGUGCGGACCUACUGCCCAUGAUAUUCACGUUUCUCUGUGCUCGCGGUUGGCUGCAUCUAGCAGCCUCUGUACGUCAGCGUCUGCGACAAGCUGCGAUUUGUUUCAUUGAGCAGCACGGAUCCGUCGCUGUGCACACGUUACUGGCUUUCCUCAGCAGCGCUCUGGAAAAUCCUCCAGCAGAUCUCGAAAUUACCCUGCAAGAUCUGCGACAAGAAAACAUUGUGAUCGCUCUAGGCAUGCUGGCGCUCCAUAUUCCGUCCCACGAGCCAGCGCUUUUGGGAGACGUCGGUGCUCGGCUCGCGCGCGUGGCAUUGGCGACGCCCGCCGCAGACGUCCAGCAGGCAGCUGCGGAUGUGCUCGCGCGACUGAUUCCCAAAUGGAUGAUCAUCGAUGAUGCGACAGUGCGCGAGCGUAUUGAAAGCUGGUUUGAGUGUGCUCUGAGCUCAGGGAGCUACGGCGAACGCCGGGGUGCUGCACUGCUCUGGGCGGCUGCGCAGAGCGCAACCACUGGAGCAGCAGCACCAGCAGCAACGUCCUGGAGCGGCUCUCUGCCAGCACAACGGAUCCGCAGGAUUCUUGCUGAUCGCGAUGCUCCUCUGGAGGCACGUCUGGGGGCGCUGACGCUGCUGGAAGCGCUCGCGAUGCGCCUGGAAUCCGCAUACGAACCCAUCGGUGUGGAGAUGUUACCGCUGCUGUUGCAGGCUUCGGGUGAUACCAUGACGAGCGUGCGUCAAGCCAGCGCUGACGCAUCCCGCGCAUUCAUGCGCCAUCUGAGUAAGGCACGAAUGUCGGCGGUGCUCGAUUCACUCAUUGGACAACUUGAUCAGACUGGUGCUGCAUGGCGAACCCGCAUGGCCGCUCUCGACAUGCUCGGCAGCAUGGCGGACAUGGGUCCCGAGCAACUCUCCCAGGCACUCCCGGAAAUCGUGCCUCGUCUGGUGACAGCACUCACUGAUGUACAUCCGCGAGUGCAGGAAACCGCUUCGCUAGCGCUUUCUCGCAUGGCUGAAUUGGCGAUGCAGGUCCCAGCAGAGGAACUCGAAACUGAGAAUGACAACGCGAAGCUGCAGCAGGCACUUGCUCGUUCCUUGUCAAAGCGUCUCGUGCAAGCAUUGAGUCACCCUGAACAGUACCUGCUCCCCGUGCUUCACGAGUUGCGGCGAGAGCUGCAACGGACCCUCAUGCUGAGCGGCAUUCGUGGCGGAGGUUCAAGUGCUUCCGUCCUACUUUUGGAUGCACUGCUGCUGCCGCUACUCCGCCGGGCGCUCUCACAUCGCCAACUCUCGGUACGCGAGGGCGGCCUUGAUGUGCUCCUCGAGCGUAUGCGGACCAGUGAUCGGUGCGCAGGCUAUCGAGGCAGCAAGGCAUACGAUGCACUGUCAUUUUCGUGGACACUAGCGCAGCUCGAGCAGGAUGUUGUGUCGGUGAUCUUACGAGACCCGUCACCAGAGCAGAGGCACAGGGCAGCCCUGGCUCUCCGCGAGCUCAUGCGUCCGCUUUCGUCUGCCGCAGACGCUACGCCUUGGCAGCGAGCGACCAGGGAUUGCGCUGCGCUGGACGCAGUGGCCGGCGAUGUCAGCGAGCGUGCGAGCACCACAUGCGACACCGCGGAGCGUUCUGGGGUGCUCGUCUCCGCUCGGGAUUCGACGGGUCGGAUCGCGUCGCCGCCUGACCCUGGUGUAUUUCUAGCAAGUCUCUGGGAUCGACUCGUUGCGGAGCUAUUCUCGGAACGCAAUGCGUUUACGGAGCGAAGCGGUGCUGCUGAGGCCCUGGCAAGUCUCGCCAGUCUCUGGUGGCGAGGCACAGGAAACGAAGUGCGCACAGGGACUGUUGCUGAUGAGCAAACGCCAGUACCGCCCCCGCAAGCCGGUCAUGUGGCAGCGCGACACGGUGAGCGUCAGCGCUACGAAGCAUUUUUGAGGCCGCUUGUUUGGGAUGCACUCGAAUCCGGUGCUCCUUCGGGCAGUUCGUCGAGUAUCCGACGCGAGAGUGCGCUGUUGUUCGUUGGCGCUUUGGCGCGUCACGGCAUUCCGGAACACACUUCGCUCUGGCGAGCUGUUCUCGGCUCUCUGCACGAUGCCCAGGAGCCUGUGCGACAAGCGGCGCUCAGUGCAGGCGCGGCACUGAUUCACGCAGCACUGCAGGAGACUGCACGUUCAGAAGCGACCGGGUACAGUGCUCGGGAGCUGCCGUCGCCGGGGACGUCCUCGCACGAUGCGCAGCAGAUCGCUCGUCGCGGAACGCACGGGUUGGAGCACUGGUUCGAGGCUCCCUGCUGGCAAGCACUGGAGCAAGGUCUCCUCGCAAGUCACUGGCGGGAACGAUGGGCAUGCCUGGAACUCGGCGACCAAGCCGGUCGUUGUACCGAGCUGCUUGUCACAGGUGACGUCAUCGCGCAGGCACCAGCAACGUUGCUUGUGGCGGGCGUGCAGGCGGGUACUUCGGACGCCGCCCUCUCCAUCAGCGUUUCGCAAGCGAAUGGCGUUACGACGAAAGCGCGCAUCCCGAGCCAAGAACCCGGUACCGCAUUCGCAGACAUCGGCGACUUGGUGUUCAGGUCCCGACCCGGGUUCGUCGCUCGCCUCUACAUCCUGCGCUUUGAUCCGAGCACCACUGUGCAGAGCCGCGCAAACGCACUCUGGAAGAAAUGGGUACUGAACCCGGCGCGCAUGCUACAUGCGCUUGCAUCCUCGAUACUGGACAUUGCGCUGGUGGGUUUCCAAUCCGCUUCGCGCAGCAGUACUGCGGUCACGGGUGACGAAGAUUUGAUGCAGGCGCUGCAAGGCGCGCUCGCGGAUCUCUGCGGCAAACUCGGCACGAAUGUGACCGCUCGUGCACUGGACGCGCUACAGCAUCUGAUUAUCGAUGAUGGCAGCAGAGAGGGCACUGUCGGUGCUACGGCUGCAGCGCAUGCGCUUGUCCAGAUCGUUGAGGCGCUGCCCUAUACCGUGCGCGAGCAGCUGGGUGAUCCGCAUCUGCUCCAAGUUGCGCGCCAUUGCCUGGAGCAGGACUCGGAGGCAUUCGAGCCGGUUCGGCAGGCGGGCGGAACGCUUUUAUCGCUGCUGGUACCUGUCGUCGGCGAGCGACGCGUGCUGGAUCAUUUGGUGUUGCCGCUGUGGGAGCGCUUUGAGCGCGCAACGCCGAUCGGGGCCACUGCUGCCGUCGCGCAUUGCAACGUGACACAAAGUAGCGCAUCGACUACCACGAGCGUGCCGCCUCUCGGUGAUGCCGCUCGCGGUCUGGUGCAGGCGCUGAGCCUUGCGGGUCUGGGCGUGCGGCUGCAGACGCUCCUUGUGCCCCGUUGGCUUGACGCCGGGCGUUGGGAUGCACUCGCUGCGCUGAUCGCUCUGUUGGACACGGCACUCGCUCCAAACCUGAUUCCGGUUGCGCUGAGUCGCCUCUUUGAAACCCCAAGCGCAGCGCAACGGGACCUCGUCUCAGACGAGACGAUUUCGACAGUGUUCGGCUCCGAGGCGUCGACGAAAGCGGCAGAGGCUCUGGCGCGAUACAUGCCAACCGCCGUGGUUACAUUCGCACAGGACGAGUUGGCGUCUGCAGACGUCACCAGACGACGCCGAGCGAUAACCCUGCUGCGGUUCAUUUUCGUCGACAAUCCCGUGGACGCGCUCAGUAGCCAGCGCUUGAUCGAGUCGACAAGUCAGACGCGCAUCAGCGACAUAUUUGCGCGACUCGUUCGCGCACUGGCCGACACGGACGACUUUAUUGUCCAGCAAGCUGCCCAGGUAUUCCAGUAUAGCGUCGCACGAGUCGCUCCGGGGGCGCGCGUCGCAGCAGUCGCACCGGUGCGCGAAGCGCUGCGCGCACUAGGCGGCGGCACUGGAGAGCCCGGCGCUGGUACCCCGGUUCGUGGACUCUGCUUGGAGCCGUACAACGUGCUCGGCAUUUCGCCUGUGCUGAGUUUAUACCAGCACGCGCUGAGCGACCCAGAGACGCGACCGGAAACCCAGGAGCAGGCGGCACUGGGCAUUGCCGAGUUGGUUCAGCAGGUGCCGCCGGCCGUCGCGCAGCCGCAUGCGCUGCGCCUCAUGGGACUUGCGAUCCGCCUGUUAUCGGACCGACAGACGCACUGGCCAGUGACGGUGGCACUGUUGAAAGCGCUCACGGCGUUUUGGGUGCAGGCAGCGAGAAGCGCUCGAGCGUUGGCCCCCGCGCUCCAAAGUGUUCUGCUGCGAUACUUGCGCGACUCGCAACGCAUGGUGCGACACGCCAGCGCCGAGGCGUUCGUUUGGUUGGUACUCGAGCAUCCGCGCCCCGAGACAGCGCUCUCGGAACUAGCACGACUCGCCCAGAGUCAGGACGUGAAUGCAACCCAGCGUUUGGUGGCGAUGGAGUGCCUCGCCAAGCUGCUGCGUGUCGCUGCAGAACGACGCAGCCGCGCACCAUCACAUCGUGAUCCGGUUGAGCAGUCGCCGAUCGCGACGCCACUCGAACAAGUGCUCAGGUCCUCGGGUGUGUGGCCGCAGCGCUUGCAGGAGACCGUGCGUGCCGCACUGGGGUCGGCGCUGGACGCGGAGCGCCUCUGUGCUGCCCAGUUACUGGCGGCCGUGCAUCGGUACUGGUUCGAGGAUGUCGAGGUGCGGCACCAGUGUGUUCAGAUGGCUGUGACGCUGGACACUGGUCGAGAGCAAUCCAAGAGUGCCGUCGCCUGCCAGCAUGGCCAGCUACUUGCGCUGCAGACAAUGCUUGCCGACGGGGAUCUAGCCUGGAGUCCCAAGCAAUUGGCAGAUAUCGACGCACAGGCACGACGUUAUCUAACCAGUGAGGCAGCACCGCUGCGCAAAGCAGCGAUCCAGGUCAUUGCCGCACUUGCGCUGCAUACAGAAGAGAGCACCCAACAUCAACAGUGGACGCGUCUGGUGGUAGAGCGUCUCCAUGAAGACACGUUUUCGGAGGUGCGCGAAGCAGCACUCCAGGCGCUUGGUACUGUUGGAACGCUGGACACGGUAUUGCCGCUGUUGCUGCAAUGGUCGUAUAGGCGCAGUGGAGAACGCGCACCCUCGCUUCGCACUGCCGCCAUUGAGGCGCUCCAACAACGACUCGUCGACGACUUGAUGGCCGCAGUGCGCUGGGAUGUGCUGCGUCAGGCGCAGCAGCUCAUUAGGGGGAGCGGUGAACCCGAUGCAAGCUCCCAGAGUGAUUGGCUGGAGCGACUCGCGCUCAACACGGUGGCAAGCAAGAGCCUCACGAAUCGCUAA